CGCGUUUCAGGCUUUGGUUAGCGCUUUUAAAAAACAAGCGGGGACACGAGCUUGGGAGCGAAUUUUGGAGAAAAUGGUCAAUUCUAAUUAGUUUAGCCAAUGUGACACACUUGCAUAUUAUUAGUAGUAAUGCCUGGAAGCAAAUGCGCCGCUGCCUGGUGCAGCAAUGAAUCGGAGGGCGGCCUUUCUGGCCUUUCCUUCCACAGGUUUCCUACGAACCGCAACACCGACCAGUGGAUCGAAUAUGCAAAUUGCCCGAGGCUCAAGGACCUUCCAAACAAGCAGCUGCAAAGGGUCAGGUUGUGCGGCCUUCAUUUUACACCGUUCAUGUACCUGAAACCAGGGCCCACGGCAAAGGGCAUAUUGAAGAGGCUUAAGAAAUGUGCCGUUCCUACCGUUCCCGUAGUCGAUCCGGAACUGAGGCCUUUCGUUCCACCAAAGUUCUACAAAGGACCAGUAGAACAAGAUGGUGUGCCCUUGCCUUCAGCAAGCACUCCUCCCUACACAAUGCCCUUGUCACCCUUACCUCCUCUUUCAACGCUGUCCCUCGAUGCCCCUUUGCACUCUGCUUCUCCAUCUGCUGCCCUUGCCUCCCCUCCUUCCCCUUCAGCUCCUCUGUCCCCUUCAGCUCCUCUGUCCCCUGCAGCAUCUCUCCCCCCUCCCUCUCCGCCAUCUCCUCCAUCCCCCACUGCUCCUAUGUCCCCUGUGGCACUUCCCUCCCCUACUGCCCCACUGUCCCCUUCCAUCGCCUCUACUUCAUUAACGCCCUUGACACUGACGACAGAAGAUUUGACAGACCCCUCACAAGUGCUCUCACAGCAACCGUCAGCAGAUCCAGAUGAGAACCAAGAGACCUGUGCCGAGUCCCCUUGUUCUGCAUCGUUGCCUGAUGGCUAUUAUCGCCACGCAUAUUCCAAAAAGCCCGGUGCCGAGCCCUCUUCGUCUGAUGGCUAUUAUGACCACGCAUACUCCAAAAAGUACCAUCAAGGACUAGAGGAACAAUACGAUGAAUUGACGAAAUGCAGCGUGAUUAUGCUGCAGAAAGAGAAGCCACCUCCAAAAAGGCGCGGUCGCCCACCUAUAUACAAGAAAGUCCAGCCAUUUGUAUGCGCAGACAGCCAGCCCAGUAGCGAAGAAGUCACCGCUCCUCCACACCCUGUGCAACUUGAGCAGUCUUCAAGCCCCGGAAGCAAAGUACCCAAGGAGCUAUCUCCCCGUGAAAGAAGAAGUAUCCUGCGACGUCAUUACUGGACAGCAAGAUAUCACCUCCUACGAGUCACCUCAAGGUUUCACAGACCAAAACGACCUGUCACGGCCCGUGAAAAAAUUGCAUCCGAAGCCGCCAAGUACGUCAGCAAAGAAUUCCUGGACAUCUUGCGUGCCGAGCUUCGUCUUCCAGCCCUAAAGAGUGUCAAGAACAACCAGUCAAGUUGCUCGGGCAGUCUGUCCACUGCUGAGGGCAGGGGCGACUGCAGGCAGGUCCACAAGCUGUCUUCGUUUGGUCCCGAGUCUCUAGAUGAGCCUCAAAUUUUUCUGAGCUCCUUAGACGGAACAAAUGCAUCAACACAAGUUUCUUGUUGGCAAGUUUCAACACCCAAAGUUGCUCGCAGGGCGUCUUAUCAGAAUGUCACGUGAUGAACAUUGCUCAAGUAGAAACUACUCUUUGGCGUGUGUUCUGCUAUUCUUGCAUUGUUAUAUUAUACUACGGUAUCUGUUUUUGCCAACGUUUUUAGAUACUGUCAGUUGGGUAAGCGCGCGCGGUCGCAGCGGCGAGGAGCGGCCCCCUCUCAUAUCCCGCGCAGCGGCGGCGCUGCUGUCGCUUUGGGAUUGGUGAAGGAGCGUCGUCUGCUACCUCUGCAUGCGAAACAGCGGGAGAUUCGUUUCCAAAUACGCGGAUUUUAGGUAAAGCAGCUAGAGGAGGGCCGAAUGAAUACUACUUAGUGAUAAAUAAGGGCCGCGCCUGUACCUAACAAAUGUAUGAUUAAUUCUGUGCCUGCAAUGCAUCAGUGGCGGGGCC